AUGAGAGCUUAUGCUGCCUCAUCCAGGGGCCCAUUGCAACGGCGACUGCUACACACCUCACGAUCCCUGACAUACAACGUCUUGGCCAUCGAAACGUCCUGUGACGAUACCUGCGCAGCCAUCAUCUCACGUGACCGCGAGAAGAACACGGCAGCGCUCAUAGACCAUGUCAAAAUCACUUUGGACUCGUCUCUACAAGGAGGAAUCAAUCCCGCUCUGGCCACCGCUCACCACCAUCAGAGCGUAGGGCCUUUAAUAAGAGAUGUGCUAAAAAAACACGCCGACACAACAAUUGACCUGGUUUGUGCCACCAGAGGACCUGGACUUCCAGGCUGCUUGUCUUCAGGUGUCACCUUUGCAAAAGGUCUCUCUUUAGGCCUGGGAGUCCCCUAUCUUGGAGUCCAUCAUAUGUUGGCUCAUUUACUGACUCCUCGUUUGUUCGAGGCCGCUGAGGGUUAUUCGGGUCAUAAGACCGAGUUUCCAUUUUUAUCCCUUCUUGUCUCUGGAGGCCAUACCAUGCUUGUUCUCAGCAAAUCUCUAUAUGACCACACUGUGUUGUGCAAUACUGCAGAUGUAGCAAUUGGGGAUGCGCUCGACAAGUGCGCUCGGACGUUGGGAUUCCAGGGAAACAUGCUAGGCAAGGUAAUGGACCAGUAUUGUCGAUCUGCAGACACUCCAUCAUCUCAAUGGAGCAUUCCCAUGCCUGUAGACAACAAGAACGACAUUCGAUACUCGUUUGCAGCCUUUCAUUCUUACAUUGGAAUGAAGAAGAAGGAGACACAGGCUGAAACCACUCCAGAAUUGGCCCUGGAAGUCCAAACAGCCAUUUUCAACCAUCUCAUGAAGAAAACGAAAGCCGCUUUCAAUAUCUACAAGAAGGAGAUUGCCUCUGCCACCACCCUGGUCUGCUCUGGAGGAGUUGCUGCCAACCCCAGACUGAGAGAAGCUCUUCAGGAACUGUGUGCCAAGUACAAACUCGAGGCUGUGUUCCCAGAUCCCUAUUGGUGUACUGACAACGCUGCCAUGAUCGGAUGGGCAGGUAUUGAGCUACAUGAAGACGGGUAUAGAAGCGAUCUGGAGGGCUUCCAGAUUCCCAAGUGGCCUCUGGCCGAGUUUGAGAAAGAGAUCUAG